AUGGCUUAUUCCUCUUCAAAACCAACUUCUUCUCAGCAAGAGCAUCAACAACCACCAAAGUUCUCUCCUCUUGUAAGAACAUGUCCCAUUCCAACUGCAGAAUUGGAAGUUCUAUGUGAACUUAUGGUAGAUUUUGACAACCUCAGAGAACAUGAUUUCAAUUUGAAAGCAAACAUGAUGGUUCAAGGUUGGAAUAACUUCUUUGAUCGUCUCAUUGGGCCUGUUUACCCAGAUUUGGUGAAAGAGUUUUGGAUUCAUUCAACUCUCACUCCUAAAGCCAUUAUCUCCUUUGUUUUAGGUCAAGAAAUAUUCAUCACAGAAAACCUGAUAAGAAAGGCUACAGUUUCUCCCACCUACAUCAACCAGGAUCAACAGUACCUUCUGUACUGCAUAGGCAAGGGUCAGAGGAUUGAUCUACCUCAUCUUCUGUUCAUCCAUAUGUGGAAUCAUGUGAAGGAUUCUCGAGAACAAGUGAAGCGGAAGAAUCAGAAGAUCAAGAGGAACAUCAUCCCUCUGGGAAGGCUCAUCUCAGAUAUUCUGACAGAAUCUGGAUUGAUAGAUUCUCUGUUAGAAGCUGGAGCAGUUCAGGAUCUGGAAGCUACGUGUGGGAGUACUGUGACUACUCACACUCUGAAGAAGAUGAAGCUAAUUACAAGUGUUACCUCUCCGCCCAGAGUGGUAAACGAAAUUCGGACCAGAAGAACUCCUGUUGAUGACUUCCAGUUGUUCUUCAAAGAGGAGCAUCCCAAAGUAAUUCUCUUCUAUCUGGAGUCCUGCUUGAAGGAUAAUUCAGAGGUUGAUCCAGCAUGGCUGCACAACAUAACUCUUCCUUCUCUGGAUGUUCAGAAAGCUCCCAAGAAGAGAAAGACAACAGGAGAAGGUCCUUCCACAAAGACUAAGAAGAAGAAGAAAACUUCAGGUAUUUCUAUUUCUGAUUCUGUGCCUGUUAAUAUUUGUGUAACUAUAUCAACAGACAACCCAGAAUCCUUGAAAAUACCCAGAUCAUCUAAAUCUAUUAGAAAACUGAUAGAUGAUAUAUAUUCAAUAGAUGACUCUAUUCUAGAAUUUGAACCUAUACCAGAACUUCCCCCAAAACAAAAACAAUCUUCUAAAUUUCCAUCAUCUACCUCCACCUCUUCCAAAGGAAAACAACCUGCUCAACCUUCUGAACCAAUCAUUUUGAACCCUCCACCUCUAACUGUCAUAUUCCCAACCAUACCCUCUGAAAAAAUUUUCUCCACUUCCAAACCUCCAUCCUCUGAACCUCAAACUUCUGCACCCCAACCUCAACCAACAUCUUCUGCACCUCAUCCAUAA